AUGCCGUUCGUUCGUGUCCAGAAAAGCAAAAGCUACUACUCUCGCUACCAGGUGAAGUUCCGUCGUCGCCGUGAGGGUAAGACGGACUACCGCCAGCGUAAGCGUCUGUGCACCCAAGCCAAGAACAAGUACCAAUCCCCCAAGUACCGUCUUGUCGUUCGUUUCACCAACCGCAAGGUGAUUUGCCAAAUCAUCUACGCUCUUGUCGAUGGUGAUCGUGUCUUGACUCAGGCUUCCUCUACCGAGUUGGGUCGCUACGGAUUGAAGGUCGGUCUUAAGAACUAUGCCGCUGCCUACUGCACUGGUCUUUUGUGCGCCCGUCGCCUUUUGCAAAAGGUUGGACUGGACGAGACCUACGAGGGCAACACAGAAAUCGAUGGUGAAGUUGUGAGCACUGAAUACGACAAAAAGACAUACUAUGUUGACGAAGUGGAUGAGGACAAGCGUCCUUUCCGUGCUCUUCUUGAUGUUGGAUGUAAGCCAACCACCAGUGGAUGCCGAAUCUUUGGAGCUUUGAAGGGAGCUGCUGACGGUGGUCUUGAUGUCCCCCACUCCAACAAGCGUUUCCCUGGUUAUGAUCGUGACGCCAAGGAGUAUGAUGCCGAUAUGCACAGGGAACGUAUCUUUGGUGGACAUGUUGGCGAAUACAUGGAGUACCUCGAGGAAGAAGAUAACCAAAAGUACCAGGAGCACUUUGCUUCCUUCAUUGCUGAGGAUGUCGCUGCCGACGGUCUUGAGGAGCUCUACGAGGGAGUCCACGAGAAGAUCCGUGAGGAUCCCACUCCUGCAGAGAAGAAAGACUUCACCCCUGACAAGUCCUUCAAGCGCAAGGCCAAGCUCACUCUUGACGAGAGGAAGGCUCGUGUCCAGGUCAAGAAGGAUGCCAAGAAGGCUGAGCUUGAAGCGGACGAUGACGAGUAA